GGGGGGCUGCCGAGAGGGGCAGGGGUCGCGGGGCUUCUACCACCCGGGGAUCGGGGGAGCAGGGGCAGGGGACGUGGCACUUCGACGAGGGGGGGUACCGGUAGGGGGGGAAGAGGGAGAGGGGGGCGCGGGCGUGGCAAGGAUAGUGUUGAAGAGGAGGAGGGGGAGAACGGGUCUGGUAGCAAUACUAGGGGGAGGGGGGGGAGAGGACGGGGAGGCGCGACACGAGGGCGCCGAUCAAAUUCGGGGGGGAGGGGCCGUGGCGCCGCACGGGCCGCUAGGGAGGGCUUUGCAGACUCAGGUAGCGAUCCGUUUCAGCGUUGGCGUAAUGAACUGGAAGCAAAACGCACUAAGGAGGAAGAGCAUAGAAUCGCAAAAGCAAGGGGGGAUGGGCGGUGCGGGCCCGUCCGGCGCAGCAGACGACACCACACACUACACCAGGAUUACAGAAGAGGCCAGUUGUCAGGACGAGGUGUCAAAUCUGCAGGACUCGUGCAACCGAACUCCUCGCAAGGUCACUCUCCUCCGCAGAAACAACGCCGGUGUAGAGGUCAAAAUGGGCACGUUUAAGUCCUUUACGCUAGCGUCGAGAGCAGCACGAGAUGGUGACAUCAUCGAAAUGACGGGCGAGGUGGACCAAGCGUGGUUUAGCAUAACCAAGAAUCCUGAAAGGACUUAUCUGGUGUGUCAGUCUUCUCUGCUGUGCUCUUAA